GCUGGUUCAGUGCACUCACAGGUGUAGGCACACAGCAGAGAGGAGCUUAGCAGGCAACCUUCCACAUUCUGCUUUCAACAAACAAACAAGGAGGAGGAUCCAGAAGUGUCACUUGACAGUGACGACAGAGCGUUUUUUUUUUUUCCCCUAUGAAAAAAAGAACCAAGGCAGAAAGAAAACCCUAAAUAAGCUACUAACUUCUGUAAGGAGAAAGGUGAACCAGCAGCUGCGUUGGCCAGCUCCCACUCAGCACCAUGAACGCUUCCUUUGCUCACCUCCAUUUUGCUGGAGGGUAUCUGCCCUCUGACUCCAAGGACUGGAGGACCAUCAUCCCGGCUCUGUUGGUGGCUGUCUGCCUGGUGGGCUUCGUGGGGAACUUGUGUGUGAUUGGCAUCCUCCUUCACAGUGUUCGGAAAGGAAAGCCAUCCCUGAUCUACUGUCUGAUCCUCAAUCUCAGCCUGGCAGAUCUCUCCCUCCUCCUGUUUUCUGCACCUGUACGAGCCAUAGCAUACGCCAAAGGUGCCUGGGAUCUAGGCUGGUUUGUCUGCAAGUCCUCUGACUGGUUCACCCACACAUGCUUGGCAGCCAAGAGCCUGACAAUGGUUGCAGUGGCCAAAGUAUGUUUCAUGUAUGCAAGUGACCCAGCCAAGCAAGUAAGUAUCCACAGCUGCACCAUCUGGUCAGUGCUGGUGGCCAUCUGGGCUGUGGCCAGCCUGCUGCCCCUGCCGGAAUGGAUUUUCAGCACCACCAGGCAUCACGCAGGUGUGCAAAUGUGCCUCAUGGAUGUACCAGCUGGGGCCAAAGAGUUCAUGUCAAUGUUUGGUAAGCUCUACCCUCUCGUAGUAUUUUGCCUUCCGUUACUUCUGGCCAGCUUUUACUUCUGGAGAGCUUACAGCCAAUGUAAAAAACGAGGAGCGAAAACUCAAAACUGUAGAAAUCAGAUGUGUUCAAAGCAACUCACAGUGAUACUGCUGAGCACUGCCAUCACCUCAGCUCUGCUGUGGCUCCCCGAGUGGGUAUCUUGGCUGUGGAUAUGGCACCUGAAGGCUGGAGGCCCAACCCCACCACAGGGUUUCAUAGCCCUGUCUCAAGUCCUAAUGUUUUCCAACUCUUCAGCAAAUCCUCUCAUUUUUCUUGUGAUGUCUGAAGAGUUCAAGGAAGGCUUGAAAGCCUUGUGGAAAUGGAUGGUAACCAAAAACCCAGCUGCCUUGGAGUUGCAGGAAACACCAGCUGCUAACACUGAGGUCCUUCCUGACAAAGCUCCAUCCCUAGAGUCCCCAACGUCCACUGCAGAAAAGCCUGGCUCUCCCAACUCCAGCAAAGACAAGAAGAAGGCAGAGAUUCCCAUCCUCCCUGAUGUAGAGCAGUUUUGGCAGGAGAGAGACACUUUUCCUUCCGUACAAGACAGUGACCCUAUCCCCUGGGAACAUGAAGAUCAAGAGAUAGAGGGUUGCGGUAAAUAGAUUCAAAUUUCAAGGAAAAAGUGAUUACUGUAUUUACUUAUACUGCUUAGUGAUACUGUUGUUUGCCAUAUAAAAUUAUUAACAUUAGGAAUUAUAAAAUGCUUCACAUUCUACAUUUUCAAAAUGUAUAGUCUGGUAGGUAGAAUACUAUGUAGUAAUUAUGUUUAAUUAUAACUUGGCUGUCCAAAACAAAUCAACCUUAAUUGUUGUGUAAAGAUGCUCCUGCCAAGGUAGAAAGCUGUCUUGUCACUGGCUCACAGUGAUUUUCACUGGGUACCUUUCAGGCCAGUCCUGUACUGUACUGUGCUGAGAACUUACUUCUGUCCAAAUGUUAAGCACACAUCUACUUUCAGGUUCAUCCUAAACUUGCUGUCCUUCACAUAACCAAGCCCAAGAUGGACCCCACGUAAGAACUUUAACACAAUGAAUAAAUUUCAGUGAGUUAUCGUCAUGUGCUUAAUGUUAAUUUUCUUAAUGAAAAUCCAUAUAAUUUCCCUGACCAAAGCUUACAGAAUAAGAAACACCAUCUUGCUCCAAUUUUCGGACGAAUUCAAACUAUGGCUAUUUUUGGCCAAGUUUAAUUAAAUUUAGACUUUGCUUUAUACCAUAAAGGUUGUUUUAAUCACCUUUUAAAGCCAUCUAAGUCUUCAGUUUCAACGUCUGAGAAUUUUAGCAGCCUGAUAUGGAAAAUGGAAUUUUAAAACUGGCUUUCCUUUUCUAAAACACAGGAUGUUGGUUACUCUUCAACAAGCAGAAAUUUUUUCUUUCCAGUAUCUCCUUUCUUCGAAAAUAAACUAUAUAGUUAAUGACAUAGACAUGCUUUUCACUCAUCUUUCAUGUUAAAAGAAUUUGUUUACCAAUAGCAAUGAACUUGAACUCUAUUCAACUUAUAAAAUAUUGCAAGGCUUCUAAGUUAUGAAAAUAACUCAGGGGCACAAGCAAAGGAAAGCAUGAGAAACAGUAGCACAACAAACAUUAAGACUGGUAAAUAGAAAAUAAAAACCAUACAGCUGAUGCAGAGUGAAAUGCACUAGAAAUCAAAUUUAUGUUCCUGAACAUAUGGCAAGUUUUGAAUAAUAGGCAGUAACUGUUCAUUUUAUAGCAAGGUAAAGUACAACUGAUUAAGUAUAUUUCCCCCUCUCCAUCUCUUUAAAAAAAGGUAUUUAUGAUUCUUUGACUGUUUUCUUAUGCAGUGCUGGUGUUUUUAACUAAGGGUCCUUGCAUGGAGGGGGGGGGGAACUCCUCUAAAGGAAGCAACAGAGAAUUUGAAAAUAUAAAGAAUUUAUAAUACAGCCAGGAGACGUGGUUCAUGACUGCAAUUACUGCCACUGAGAGGGUAAGACAGGAGGAUCCUAAGGCUGAGAGGGCAACUUACAAAAUAAAAAGGACUACAGAUGUAAUGCAGCACUCCCUUGGUUCAAUCCAGCGAA